AUGCUCAGCCCCCACGAAUCCCUGGGCAUAGCCCUCAUCGCCUUCUACGUCCCCAUCGUCCCGGCCGCCAUACGGCUCAUGUACCGCAACGUUCGCAUCGCAGGCGGCCCGGUAACAAUCGCCCUCGAACAAUAUUCCUCCCCCGACCACGAUUACCUCCUCUCCGGCAUGGGCCUUUACUCUGCCGCCAUCCUCCUCCUCAACGUGGGCGCCGUGCCUCUCAUCAUCGCAACACUAGGCUUCGUCCGCAUCAUCCUGCUAGACAACUACACCUCUCCCUCCCGCGCCAGAAUUCUCACAGGCCUCAUGCGCGGCGCCCUCGCAAUAGCAAUCUGCCUCCUCGUCGCCGGCGGCGCAAUCUCUUCCUUCGACACCCCCUUUGAGAUAUAUCUCAGCCGCACGCUCACCUUCGUCGGAUACGUUGUCUUCGCGGCCAUGCACGUCGUGCUCAUUGCCUUUAUGGGCUUCUACUGGCGGAGGAAGAAGGACACUCUUCUUCCCAGCAGUCGAAUCGUACUCCGCGGCGGCCUCCUCGCAGCCCCCUUCCUCAUCAUCCGCACCGUCUUCGGCCUCCUUGAAGUCGCCCUCCAAGACUCCGCCUCAUCGCCCUUCAACCCCGUCACUGGCAACGCCGUGGCAUUCGCCCUCAUGGCGUUGCUGCCAGAGUACGUCGUUGUGCUCGCUCACUUGUACACCGGCUUCUCGAUCGCGCCUGAUAGGGGAGUUGUUGCCCGGGAGGGUGUGGAAGAAGAGGAAUUGGAGACGGUUACGCAGGAGGCUGCUAAAAAUGUUCUUCAUUUCAUCACCCUGUCCACAUAG